ACAUUUCUUUUAUGGCCAAUAUUGACCUUACGUUGGACAAUAUCGGCCAAUGCAUUUCUAAUAUAACUAUAAUUGGAUCAAUGUUUAGCGAAUGCUUAGCCACUGCACUGUGCUACUAAUUGUAAGCGCCGAUCGGCAUCGAAAGGAUAUCUAAUCGAAAUCAAUUUUGUAGUAUCGAUAUCGAUCCGACGAUUAAUUUCUAUUGGCACUGAUAGGAGAUAUCUCUUAUCUCUAGUUGAGCGAGUUUUUUCGUAUGUUUCGAGCUUUACAUCGACUCAUUCCAUCAGAAGUCUUUCUAGUGUGCCCUUCGUGUAAAUUUCUUGAGUAUUAUUAUUAGACGGCGACGAAGAGAACGUGAAGCAGUAUGGUAAACGUUUCAAAUUCGCCACGGCCAGAAAGGAGCACACCCAUGGAAGAGGACUGGUGUUACGCGCAGGUGAAGGUGGAUAAUUUCAGUUAUACAUGGACGAUAUGUAACUUCAGCUAUUACUGCAAAAACGUCAAUAAAAACGAGAUAAGCUCACCUACGUUCUCAGCAGUGGUCUACGGCGCAGCAGAGUUGAUCUGGCGCCUGAAAAUAAAUCUUAAUAAAGAGGACAAAGACUUCAUGUCGCUAUUCCUCAUUCUCGUUGCGUGCGACAAAAGCGAAGUCAGUGUUAAAGUCGAAUUUGUAAUUCUUAAUGCCAACGAAGAAUUAGUAAAUAGACAUAUGACCCGGGGUGUUUACAAGCUUUUUCGGGAUGGCUCUAUAGGCUGCAAGAACUUCCUCAAGAGAGACGAAUGUCAUCAGUACGCGGACACCGAACGGUUUCCACCUGAUAUGCUUAUAAUAUAUUGUCAAGUCAGCGUAAUAGAAGACAUUAUAGAAAUUGUUCAACAAAGUGCAGGUGCGAUACAAGUACCGGAGUGCCCACUGCUCAACAAUCUCGGGCUGCUUUUUGAGGACCAACAAUUUUGCGACGUAACGUUCGCUGUUCGCGGAAAAGAGUUCCAAGCGCACAAAGUAAUUCUCGCUGCACAAAGUCCAGUUUUCUCGGCAAUGUUCGGACACGAGAUGAAAGAAAGAGAGACUAAUAGGGUGGACAUCACCGAUAUGGACCCCGAAGUUUGGAGAGAAAUGGUGCGAUUUAUUUACACCGGUAAAGUCGCGAAUUUGAAGGAGAUGGCGAACGAUCUGUUAACCGCGGCGGACAAGUACGGAGUGGAAAGACUGAAGAAAAUGUGCGAGUGGGCACUUGUAAAAAAAUUAAAUGUUGAGAACGCGACAGAAAUCUUCAUACUUGCCGAUCUCCAUGACGCUCCUCAGCUGAAAGCGCAUGUGAUGGACUUCGUUGUGACAUUCGCGAAGGAUGUGAUAGAUACCGAAAGUUUCCAGUCCAUGGCGAAUUCCUAUCCGCACCUGACGAAAGAAAUUUUGCGGGCUUUGGUGACUUCAGAGCAAACUUUAUCGAAAAACAAUAAGGAAACAUCUUUUUCUCUUUUCCUUUUGCCGUGAUAAUUAAAUACCAUUGUGCAUGGUUUAUCUUGUUUUCUGGGAUAUUGCAUACUGUAAGCGAAAUGGUAGAAUUAAAUACUAUUGUUAUUAAAUUUAUGGUUAUUAAAUUUAUUAGAAGUUUGUGAAGUGUUUCACGUAGAUAUACAUAUGUGUUCGAUUUGUGUUAUAAUGGAACAUUAUUUUAGAGAUGUUAUAAUUAAUUUGUCUAUUGAUAUAAAUC